GAGAGAAAAACAACAAUGGGAACAGCCUCCGAGGAGAACAAGAGCUCAACGGUUGGGGCAGAGAUUAACAAGAUGGAGGAGGGGAGAAUCAGCAGAGACAGAAUCAGUGAUUUACCGGUCGAAUUACUCCACCGCAUAUUCUCUCUCCUCCCAUUCAGAUCCAUCGUCCAAACCGUCCUUCUCUCCAAACACUGGAAUCACCUAUCCCUAUGGCGUUCCCACCCUCAUCUCGACUUCUCCCGCCUCUCUCGCAAUUACAUGGAUAUGGAUUUCAUACCAACGGUGUUAUCUCGCCGUCAACCGGACUUCAAUAUUACCACCUUUCGCAUCUCCGGUAACGUAAGUGCCCCUUGCUUGCAGGAUUGCAUCGAUCGAGUAAUGAAGCAAAGAAUCGAACAACUCGAACUUGACGUUGAUACAGGCUGUUGCUUUGAUCUCCCUUCGAGUUUAUUUUAUUGCAAGACGCUUAGGGUUCUCGAUUUGAAUAUUAGAGUCAAAUCGAAUAUAUCCAGGUACGGAUUUCCUAGUCCGGUUUUGUUAUCGCCUCGUAGUUUACCUCUCCUUAGGAAACUGUGCUUGAAAGAUUGUAGAGGAAUGUAUGAUCUCAAUAUCAACAUCCCAGGCCUAGAAAUUUUGAAACUUGAUGGAUUGCGGCUGAAAAGUUUGGAUAUUUCUGGCACUGGGUUACUGGAACUACAAGUGACGAGGUGCUUGCGGCUGAAAAGUUGGGUCAAGAUUCUUGCUCCCAAUCUGCGGAGGCUCUACUGGGAAGACAACUUUAAUGUGAAAUGCGUGACGGAGAGCUUUGAAGACCUCAAUACAGGAUCCGUUUGUUUUGCCUGUAUCCCACCAAAUCCAGCGACAUUACAAAGUGCAGCGGCUUUUAUAUCUGCACUCUGUUUUGCUCGAUCUCUGUCUGUCAGAAGCCAUGUUCUUAAGACUUUGUCAAAAAUAGAUUCUGAAGGUGGUCUUCCAUGUUCUUUCAAUAACCUCAUGACCUUGGAGCUCCAUACUAAGAAUCCCAAAGACGAAAUCACAGGGAUAAUAUGCUUGAUUAGAAGCUCUCCAAUACUCCGGACCAUCACCAUAACUGCAAAGAGUUGUUACGGCACUGGAAAUUGUACGUGGCAGGAAAAACAAUAUUGGAUAUCUCAAAUUCAAAAACUCAAGUCAAUCGAGUUUCACUUGAAGUUUGCAAGGUAGUAACCUCCAUAAGAGUGUAGUCUAGUUAGUGAAAUUAUUGCUUGGGAAUGGAUGAGCAUUGCAGGAAAUGACCCAACUUUAAAGUGCAAACUGGUUGUUCGUCCUCUCCAACGAUGAGAUAAUGAAAUUUGCACGGCCAUCUUCUAAUUCUUCCAUAGGACACCCUAAUUGAUUAAGAUGCUUUAUUGUAAGUUCUUUGGCAACAACUAAUAGGAUGGCUUUUUUUUGUUUACUUUGGAACAUUUAUGUUUGAAACUUACUAUUCAUCGACAUUUUUGUCCUAAAAGAUUUUGUUGUCCUUGCCUCUUCAAAGUGCUUU